UACAUUCGAGAACGACCCAAAGCUAUCAUAAGCCAUGGGGUGGCUAACUCGAAUAGCUUUUGUGCUCUUCUUCACUUGCAUGCAGGUUUAUCCUGCUUUAGGAGCUUCAGCUGACAUAUGGGGGAACCCUAGCACGGCAGAAGGUUUACUACAGGCGUUUACGCAACAACUCCAAGGAUCUGGGGCAUUUUCGUAUGACCAAAUGGAUGAUAUAUCAUCCAUCAGCGAUACCAUUAUGGACGCCAUCGAGAGAAGUGCUCGCUCGAAUAAAAGCUCCAAAUCCAAGCUACAAGCUCUGAAUAUGGCUUUCGCCUCUUCAGUAGCAGAAAUAGCUGCGUCUGGAGAGGGAGGACAAUCCCUCUCGGUCAAAACUGGAGCAAUUAUUGAUGCAUUGGCAAGCGCAUUUUUGCAGACCACGGGCACAGUAGAUCAAGUAUUCUUAAACGAAAUGAACGAAUUGAUAAGUAUGUUUACUCAAGCGAGUGUAAACGAAGUCUCCGGAACAGGAGGUGGUUAUGGUGCAAGCGCAUCCUCCGCAGCUGCUUCUGCCGCUGGUUUUGCUGGAGCACCACAAAGUUAUGGUGGUAGUUACAGACCUAUUUCUAGUGCUGGUAGUUACAGACCUAGUUCUAGUGCUGCUGCCUCUGCUUCUGCUGAAUCAGGUUCUGGGGCAGGAAGACAGCGGGAAGAUUCUGGUGCUGCUGCCGCCGCUGCUGCUGCAGGAGGGUAUGGUGGCAGAGGAUACGGUCGUGGCUACGGAGGAGAGGGCGGCGCUUCUGCUGCUGCAUCUGCUGGUGGAGCAGGACGUGGUAUGGGCGGUGAAGGACGAGACGCUGGAGCUGCUGCUGCCGCUGCCGCAGCUGCUGCUGCAGCCGCUGCUGGACGAGGUGGUUACGGAGGCAGAGGUGGAGAGGGUGCUGGCGGUGCCGCAGCUGCCUCUGCUGCUGGAGCAGGACGUGGAGCUGGAGGACAAGGCGAAGGAGCUGCUGCCGCUGCCGCCGCCGCUGCUGCUGCUGCGGCUGCCGCUGGAGGGUAUGGAGGCAGAGGAUACGGUCGUGGCUACGGAGGUGAGGGCGGUGCUUCUGCUGCUGCAUCUGCCGGUGGAGCAGGACGUGGUAUGGGCGGUGAAGGAAGAGACGCUGGAGCUGCUGCUGCCGCUGCCGCUGCUGCUGCUGCAGCCGCUGCUGGACGAGGUGGUUACGGAGGCAGAGGUGGAGAGGGUGCUGGCGGUGCCGCUGCUGCCUCUACUGCUGGAGCAGGACGUGGAGCUGGAGGAGAAGGUGAAGGAGCUGCUGCAGCUGCCGCCGCCGCUGCUGCUGCUGCGGCUGCCGCUGAAGGGUAUGGAGGCAGAGGAUACGGUCGUGGCUACGAAGGUGAAGCCGGUGCUUCUGCUGCUGCAUCUGCCGGUGGAGCAGGACGUGGUGCAGGCGGUGAAGGAAGAGACGCUGGAGCUGCUGCUGCCGCUAUGGCUGCUGCUGCUGCUGCAGCCACUGCUGGACGAGGUGGUUACGGAGGCAGAGGUGGAGAGGGUGCUGGCGGUGCCGCUGCUGCUUCUGCUGCUGCAGGAGGACGUGGACCUGGAAGACAAGGCGAAGGAGCUGAUGCCGCUGCCGCCGCCGCUGCCGCAGCAGCGGCUGCCGCUGGAAUGUAUGGAGGCAGAGGAUACGGUCGUGGCUACGAAGGUGAAGGCGGUGCUUCUGCUGCUGCAUCUGCCGGUGGAGCAGGACGUGGUGCAGGCGGUGAAGGAAGAGACGCUGGAGCUGCUGCUGCCGCUAUGGCUGCUGCUGCUGCAGCCGCUGCUGGACGAGGUGGUUACGGAGGCAGAGGUGGAGAGGGUGCUGGCGGUGCCGCUGCUGCUUCUGCUGCUGCAGGAGGACGUGGACCUGGAAGACAAGGCGAAGGAGCUGAUGCCGCUGCCGCCGCCGCUGCCGCAGCCGCGGCUGCCGCUGGAAUGUAUGGAGGCAGAGGAUACGGUCGUGGCUACGAAGGUGAAGGCGGUGCUUCUGCUGCUGCAUCUGCCGGUGGAGCAGGACGUGGUGCAGGCGGUGAAGGAAGAGACGCUGGAGCUGCUGCUGCCGCUAUGGCUGCUGCUGCUGCAGCCGCUGCUGGACGAGGUGGUUACGGAGGCAGAGGUGGAGAGGGUGCUGGCGGUGCCGCUGCUGCUUCUGCUGCUGCAGGAGGACGUGGACCUGGAAGACAAGGCGAAGGAGCUGAUGCCGCUGCCGCCGCCGCUGCCGCAGCUGCGGCUGCCGCUGGAAUGUAUGGAGGCAGAGGAUACGGUCGUGGCUACGAAGGUGAAGGCGGUGCUUCUGCUGCUGCAUCUGCCGGUGGAGCAGGACGUGGUGCAGGCGGUGAAGGAAGAGACGCUGGAGCUGCUGCUGCCGCUAUGGCUGCUGCUGCUGCAGCCGCUGCUGGACGAGGUGGUUACGGAGGCAGAGGUGGAGAGGGUGCUGGCGGUGCCGCUGCUGCUUCUGCUGCUGCAGGAGGACGUGGACCUGGAAGACAAGGCGAAGGAGCUGAUGCCGCUGCCGCCGCCGCUGCCGCAGCCGCGGCUGCCGCUGGAAGUAUGCAGUUCCGUCCUAUUGUCCUAUUUCAUUCAAAAACAUAAUGAAUUUUAAACAUA